AUGCUAAUAGACCCAGGAAAGGGAAAUAUACGCCAAGUCACCAAAGAUGAUGAUUUCGCCUUCACCUUACAGUCUAAUGGAAGAGAUAUUCCCACCGUAGACAUUGAGCUAGGAGGUGUUCGACUGGAAGGAGUUCUAGUCGACUCUGGCUCCACUUGCAAUGUUAUUGACAGAGCGACAUGGGAGACGCUUAAGGAGAAGAAAGUGAAAUGUGUUUCAAGAAAAUCCAACAGAAAGCUGUAUUCUUAUGGAUCCAAUGAGCCACUUGCUACUGAUGAAGAAAACCAGCUAAGGGAUUUUCCUGAGUGUUUUGAGGGAGUGGGAAAACUUAAGGGUUUUCUAGCAAAGCUCCACGUUGACACCUCAGUUAAACCUGUUGCACAGAAGUUGAGACCCCCACCUUAUGGGUUAAGGGAGAAAAUAGAACCGAAACUCAAGGAACUAGUGAACUGUGAUAUUAUCGAACCAGUUGAAGGCCCCACUCCAUGGGCAAGCCCGGUCGUGGUGGUUCCCAAACCCUCGGGGGACAUCAGACUCUGCGUAAACAUGAGAAAAGCCAAGGAGGCUAUCGUAAGGGGACGUCAUCCCAUUCCCACAGUUGAUGAAAUACUCUAUCAACUGAAUGGAAGCAAGGUGUUCAGCAAAUUAGACCUCAAAUGGGGAUUUCAUCAGUUUGAAUUGGAACAACAGUCGAGAGUUAUUACCACAUUCAUUACUCACAAGGGGUUGUAUAGGUAUAACCGCUUGAUGUUCGGAAUCAGUUCUGCUCCGGAGCUUUAA